GGGGAGCGAUCGCGUGCACCGAUCGAAUUCGAAUUCGAGAAGGAAUAUGCCAUCCGAUACCACUCUUCGUACAUGAUCAAUCUAUGGUCUGAGGGAAACUAUCCUAUAAUAAAUAAGCAUGAACCAUGAAACCUGUAGAGUAGAGACGUAUGAGAAGUCGACCGAUCGAAUUCGAUCGUGCACGCGAUCGCUCCCCUGGACACACACCAAGUAGAGACUUUAUCGGCAGUGCUUGAAAAUGGGUGUAGCGGAAUAGUUCCAAAAAUGAAAAUGGGUGUUAGGCGCUGGAAUCAGCUGAUCGAAAACGGUAUCAAGUAAAAAGCCGGCGUGGCCGCUCUCAGUUGUCUCUCUGUAUAUAUGCUUGAAACAUAACCUCUUCGAUUCUUCGUGCUCCUCCAUUGUCCCUGUGUAACCGCGUGUGCACGACGGUGUAUAACGCACGUGUAAAAAAAUGGCUAAAUCUCUGCGCAGUAAAUGGAAAAGAAAAUGCAGGGCGAUUAAAAGAGAACGUUACGCGGUAAAAGAAUUGGAAAGACUGAAGAAAACCCUCGGUACUGAUGCUGAUGCGUCUAAGGAUAUCGAAAUGACAGACAUUUGCGAAAUUGCUACUGUUGUCAAUGCUAAGAAAGUAAAAGAAAAUAUAAAGGCUAAGCAAGUCAAGACGGGAGAGCCUCAGACUGAGACAGGCGAGGAAGAAAUGGAAGUAGGAAGUGCUAGAGUGUAUAACAAGAAAACAUUGCUGGAUCAACAUGGCAAUUAUCCUGUGUGGAUGAACCAUAGGAAGAUAAUGAAGCACAAAAAGGGCAGAGCAAAAACGCAAAAAGCAAGCAAGAAGAUGGGCAAGAGACUUACUCGACGACAAAAGAGAACAAAGAAAGAAAACUAAAAUUCUUUAUACAUUGUCGAAUUAAUUUUUAUGUUACUUAUUAAUUCGUAAGUACUAUAGAUAUCGCUUUCCCUUUUUGUCAAAAAUAAAAAUGUAGUAUUAAAAAGGA